AUGCGUGCUGCCGAAGCCGCUGCUCAUCUCGAACGUUCACGAGCCGAGGCCUUCCCACCGGGCCAAUCAGAAACAGCUGCUGGCACGCGGCCUGUCCUACCAGAAUGGGGCCCUCUGGAAGCGUCAUUUCCGGAACAGUCUACCAGCUCUCCCCGGAGAAGUCGCCUGAGAGACGCUGAGCAGGGUCCGGAACAGCCCGAAGCUGGACAGGACGAUGGAGCAGAGGGCCGAGAAGGUGGUCGAAAGAGCGGGGGCAUGUGGCCUCGCUUCUUGCGUAUGUAAUUGCGUCCUGGACAUCCGAAAAUUUUCUCUUCUCCACGUCAUUCCCAUCUGGACAUUUGCUUCUGGCAGUUUCGCGACCACGACGGCCACCGUGUUCCAUAAAUCUGAUUCAGAUUCCCACAAUGUCAGGCGAUGCGCACGACUCAGAAAGUCGUCUCCCACUGAGAUGCCUCCGUACCGAUGCUCGCCUUCUGCGCCGGCACAUAGAUAAAUCACAUGUCAUUGCCCUAAAGACCUCACACCAAAAAGCGAAUAGACGUACAGUGAGUGGCGAAUUGAGAGUCCGGACGCCUAGCUAGGACGUGCUUGUGUGGCCUGAGACAACCCAUAGAAACUGGAGCCGCUCCUCGGAAAUGGAUCGGAGACACAGGGGUGGCUUAAGCGCAGAUUGAUGAUGCUCCGUUGAGCGCAAAGUGCGGCUCGGGCGCUUUCCAAGGCCGAAUUUGCUCCCGAAGGUACAGGCUACUGGGCGUGCACUCAUGCCCUGGGUGGCGACAGAAUCCGCAAAGCUGGUGGCAGGAUUCGCCACCACUAAGUGCCCUUACUGUCAAACGGUCUCGUAUCCUCGCUUUGGCUUGGUCAAAGUCGCACUGAUGGUCUCAGCUUCUCGCCCGCAGGUGGGAGCAGUCACUUCCUUGGCACCUCACCUAUAUCAAGUCGCUUCUAAAGGUCCUCGAAAGCGUGAACCUCACCCCUUGAUCGCCGCCGGCGGCACAGAAACCUCUUUUAUUUUCGCUUCCACAAGCUGCCCUGACGGGUACUGGCUUUUCGAGCCGCUCCAUUUCGCCGCGCUGCUCUUCUGCUCCGCUUGAAAGCGGACGGACUGGCGACCGCAAGUGAAAUGAACCACACCAUCAAAAGUCUGGCUUUGCUGUGCAUCGCCUCUGUCCUUCUCGCAUGCCUCCUAAUCCACGGCUUUGCGCAUCCGCGCAUGCUCAGCCAUGUAACACAUCGCUUGCGUGAGCGAGGCACCAGCUUCCAGAGGGGAGCCCUGCCUUUGUCUUUCCAUGAGCAAGGCAUCGUCUUUCGUAGAGGGAUCCUCUCUGCCAACGAAGCUUCGCUGAUGGAACAUUUGCAAGGGGAAACCGGCCGCAAUGUGAAGAAAGUCGAGGUGAGCAAGCGCGAAUUGCGGGCCUGUUUCGGCAAGGCGCACAAAUGUAUACUGAUAGCCUCCGCAUCUUCACGUUCAUCAGCUCCUGAGGUCGUUGCCUAAUCAUCUUGAUAGCAAACACACGCCAAACGCUGAAUCCUACGUCUGGAAUGAUGAUCACGCGAAUGCGUGGCCCACCAUCCCAGAAAGACCGGCAGGAGGGCCUAGAGUCGAUGAAAGCCUGGCGAAGCAACUUCGUGUCUUUGCCGAAGCCGUGCGCGGCACAGAUGUGAGUCUUGCUGUUCCUUGGAAGAUGCGUCCACUUGCUGACCACAAGGCUCCCGUUGCGCUCAGGUCACGCGUCGACGAAGCCGAAUUACGUCACCUGCCGGCUCGAACGACAUGGAUGUUGACCAUCUGAGGGCAUACGCGACACUCUUGGCAGGUGAUGGCUCUCGUCAGCCAGCGCCCGGCCGUGCAGGCAGUGGCUCGCAGGAUGGCACAGUGUCACCCACACGGAUCGGCCACACCCAUUCGCAGAGUCACAGCACAUUGUUUACCCAGAAGAUUCACAAUCCUGCUAGCGAGCAUGACGUGCAUGGGCUGCCAGAGGCAGGAGCUCAUGAGCGCAAACAGGACAUUGCUUCGCUCGAUGGCGAGUCCAGGCUACAUUCCGCUUUCCGUACGCCUAGCUCGCAACAAGAAUCGCUUCGCGCUGCAAAGCGGCCUCGUAUCACGGUGCAUCGCUCCAGCUGGAUUCCGCCACGACAAGCGUCGCUGGAAACAUUUGGAGUUUUCAGCUCAAGCUCGACACACUCUGCUCCGUAUCACAUCUCACCUGAGCCCUCUUCGAAUACGUUUCCGAGCGGCGCAACCAGAGAACGAAGAGCGUCCAACGUGUCUCGAACGGGCUUGGACGCUGCUCGACUUCAGCUCAGGUCCUUGGACAUCAGCAGUGCUGUCAGGAAACGGAUGCUGAAGAAGCGAACUAUAAUACAGCUCGAAGUAAUAAAGAACGGAACGCACCAAAGAGCUGCAGUGAAAGCUAUCAAUGCUUACCUUGAAAAAGAUAAAGAUCACGUUGUGCAUAGGAUGAUUGUGAGUUUGUGAGCGGUGCGGCGUGGUGCAGCACAGUGAUGCUGACCAGAUUGCCUUUCAGGUUCAAACCGGAUUCCGGCCUCCAAAUGAAAUAUCUGACCGCACUUUCCUCACUGCGACUGCAUGGACUAAGGAGAACAGGCUUGUGCCUUCGGGCGUAGUGAAGGGACAUGAGACGACUCACAUUGUCCCUCUUCCCGAUCAUGCCUCGUUCAUAAGCGGCGGUCGCCAAAGUAGAUUGACGCUCUUUCGGCCAGACGGAGCUCAAUUUCAACCCCACGGACCUCUAAAAGAAGCGCGGAAGGUGUAUCUUCAUGGCUUGCGUCCUUAUCCUGUCGAUACUGUUGACACGACACUCAUGGAUGCGCACGGCUCGCUACUACCCGAGCAUCCGCGAGACUCGAAGCACUACAAGCAGGAUUCCAGGGCGAGAUUCGGACGAGUGAUCGACAGGACCAAACAAUACUCUGGCAAUCGUGAGCCAGCUGACUGGCGCAAACCGCUUGGAGACCUCGGGCGCCCCCAUCGCCGGCCCAUCACUGCAUCUUUAGCUGAAGGCUCUCAUACUGAAGGCCAAAAGAGGGACCAGUCGAUGCCGAGGAGCGCUGAUCAGCCGGAGUCUAGCAGGCAGGCCGAGGUGUCUCCUCAGACAUUCCACGACACAGGCUCGGUGGCCUACCUACACCAGAACGAUUACUACGGACGACUGUCGAACAUCCGUCAACCGAGCCGAAACCACCGUACGGCGCCAAAUGAAGCUUAUAAGGCCGGCAGCAAGGACGCGUCGCUCGAGCGAGAAAUCCCUGAGGGCCAGGGCAAGCGGCAAAGAACAGGUGCCGCUACAGCACCCGAUCAGAUCGAUGGCGCCAAUAGAGUCUCGACAAUUCCCGAGAGGCUUUUGGGUGGUAGCAGUGGACCGGGCCUCAAAUCUAGCAACAAGGAUCAUGCUUCAAACGUGACCCCUACGACUCGAAGGCACAACGAGCCACUGAAAGAUCCAUCUACACCGUCACGCCAAAGACCGGAGGGGCUUCCUCGAAUCGAUACGAGACUCCGCCUUGGUUCUUUUAGGACCGGCGUAGCGCGUUUCCGGAGCAGCGGGACUCGUCCGGCAAUACCGAUGGAAGGGUCGGCGGACAAUGGUCCAGACCUGGAGCUGCGCCUGGGCAGCAAGCCAGUCACGACACCUCGCGACCAGCACGAACCUUUCAGCCCGAUGCUGAGCAGCACAACGAGGCCGUUCGGACGAAAAGUUCAUGAGCAUCACCUCGAGUCGACUACCUCCACGUCGGAAUUUCCUGCUUUUCCUUCUUUCAGACCAAGUUGA